ACCUGCCACCGCCGACCGUUGGCGGGGGCGCCCUGCCCGCCCCAAACGGUCCUGCGCCGCGCCCGCCCCGAAGGUGGGAUCCUCCAGUCCCGCUGAGCCCACUCGUCGAGUUCCUCGUCCAGCCCCUCCUGGGACAGGGGCAGACUGAGGGCAGCAGCGGCGGGGACUGGCCCGGACCCGACAGGUCGUGGUCUCAGGGGAGCCGGCAGCGAGGGCCAUUUCCUACACUGCAGACUGUGGAUCAGGUCUCACCCGGCUAUUCUGGCCAUUUGCCUGGAGGGCCCCAAAGCUUAGCCCCAUUGUGAAAAUGAGUGUGCCCUGACUGUGGACGGGAGCCCGAGAUGCAGACAGCUGCACUCACACCCCGAGGAAGCCGGUGGAGCCAGGGCGGCGCCCUCUCCUGUGUCCCCUCUCCGGGUGCACCUGCACCUCCCACGGGAGCGAUCCCCACUGCCGGUCCCACACCUGCUGCACCCAAAAGUGCCGUCUCCUCCAUUCUGGGCACCUGGCUGGACCAGUACUUGGAGGACUUCUGUCAGCCCCCAGACUUUCCCUGCCUCAAGCAGCUGGUGGCCUACGUGCAGCUCAACAUGCCCAGCUCUGACCUAGAGCGCCGUGCCCGCCUUCUGCUGGCCCAGCUGGAGUGCGCAGAGCCCGCGCAGGCCGAGCCCGAGGCUACUCCGCCAUCCAAGGAGCCCGGGCCGGCCCCACAGCACCCCUAGCACACUCGAGGAGCCAGGUGCAGAAGCAGAAGCCAGUCCAGCCUCCCCGCAGCUCUGCGAAGGCAGCCGCUGGAGCGCAGCUUGGAGGCCUCACAGCUCUGCCCAGUCCCUUUGUCGCUCCCUGAUCAGACCCACACCUGUAGGGCCCUUGGGACAAACCUUGAGCAGAGGGCUCAGACCCUUCACCCUGUCCCACUCAGCCAGCCUUGACCUGGGCUGUGAAUGUGACCUGCCCAGCAGGCAUCUGACCCCUCGUCACCCUGUUCCUGCUCGGGGUGGGCCCACAUUGUGUGAGUUCUCUUUACACACACACACGCACACACACACAUACGGGGGGGAGCUGGGACUGCACAGUCAGAUCACAGCGGUGUCUGGUGGGACCAGCUAGCUCUGGGCCUCUCAGUCUUAACUUUGGGUACCGCCAGGCAAACGGCCAGAGGCGUCAGGGAUAAGACCUGACCCAGAGUCUGCAGUGUAGGAAACGUCUCUUUCCGUCGGGCCUCCUGGGACCACAUCCUCUGGACAUAGGGAUACAACAGAAGAACAGUUUGCUCACUGGAGCGUCUCCAGCCUGGUGAACUGGGCAGGGCACUCUUCUCUAGAACGUGGGUGCCUAUGGGGGCCGUUUGGGCAUUUUGGGGACCCCUGGCCAUCAGCCACCCCAUGCCGUGGCCCUGGGCAUGUUCCCCAAGAGUUACCAGAGGAGCCCAAGGAAGCCUUGGGCCUUUAUUGGUACAGCUGAAGGGGACAUAAGGUUAACUUUUACUGAAUCUGCACAUUAACCGUUGCAGGUAAAAAUCAUAAACACGUGACAGAAGAGAUUGCUCUGUCACAGGCAAGGGGAAGGGCGGCUCUGGGUGGAGGGGCUCGCGCGCGGGACAGAAGCAGGGGCCGGAGCCAUGGUGCAUGCCGGGGAUGCCCGUGGCUCCUGCCGUGGGCCCAGCCAAGGGCUGGAGCCUGAGCCCGAGCGGGAGCUGCCUCUGUCCCCGGUGCUCGCUCUCGAGCUGGUUCUGAAACCGAUCAAGGUGUCCGUGGAUGCACCCUCGGGCAUUGUCGCUUCAUGUGGGCCGGGGGGGUCCAGAUGACUUGCUCUGGAGCUGGUCCAAGUGGGCAAGGGGGGGCCUUGAGGUCGGUGACCCGCACACCUCGAGCUCCGGAGCCGCUGCCUAGGUGGCCUCAAGUGCAGCAGCCAGUUGUGCAUCCUGAGGCGAUGCCGAAGCAGCAGGAGGAGAGAAGGUCACCAGCCCGACCGCCUGGCCCUGUGCCUCCGCGAAGGGAACAGCCGUGGCCUUCUGGUCGACGUCAAGCCGGCUGGAGAACUGGCUCCCACUCUCGGGCUCUGACCCGGGCGCUGGAGCCGCGCUGGCGGCGGGAACGGGUGUGCAGCGGGCUGUCCUCGGGAAGGGACGCCGGCGCUCACUUUCCCUCUGGGGCGUCCACGGGACGAAGCCGAAGCGGCUCUCGUCUGUGGGGACCCGGCUCGGCCUCUAGAGCUGCUUCCAAUGGCUGGCUCGAAUCCCGCGCCAGGGCAAGUUCUAGGGCAGGACGUGUUUCUAGAUCUCAGCGCUCCACAGCCGGGCGCAGGCUGGUGCUGGAGAUGCUUGAGCCCCGUGUCCCACGCUUGUUGACCGCCGGCAAGAGGCUGCCACACAGGGUAGGCUGGGAGCUCCAAGGGUGGGGAGGGUGUCUGGGGUUCACUCUGCACCCCAGCGACCGGACCCACUGCCGAUGCCACACAAGUGGCUGAAAGCGUGAACAUGACACUCUGUGGCCCCCACGUCGCGGGGCUGCUGGGGGAGCCCACGGAUUCGUGAACACGUGACAUGUUUGGGUGCUUGGGCACAGAGCAGUGAGGAGGCAUGGCCCCUGCUCGCCUGGGGCUGGCUGGAGCAGAGGUCCGCGAGGACUUCAGGUCCCAGGCAAGGGUCUCCGCUCAGCUGGGAGCAGCGGCCGGGAGCAGCAGGGUAGGCAGAUGCCCGGUCUACUGGCUCAGGACUGACCCACAUGGGGCCCGUGGUGAAGGAAGGGGAGGCAGGAUCCUUGGUCUGAGUCGCGCCGAAGCCAUUCUCCCCACGUGGCCGUUCCGGUCACCGCGGGCAUGGCAGGAAUUCUGUUCCUAGAUCCCCCCCAUGAAGUCUUCUGGAUCCUCCACGACCUACAAGGAAGCAGUCCCCAUGGUCACCCUGAAGGGCGGGUGUUGUGGUCACUGGGGGAAGCGGGUGGUGGUCUCCUCGAGAACUGGUGGAGGCUUCCCCUCUCGUCAGUGACUGAGUCAGGCUCGGAGCUCUGUGGCCCCAGCCCCCGUGGCAGCAAACAGCAGGGCACUGACAACGCACUGGUCAAACUGCUUCCCAAGGUGCUUGAAAGAGCUGGCUCCCAUGUAUGGGGCGGUCCCCUGAGGGUCAGUCCUGCUAGCCAGUAGGAUCAGAGACGGACCUUUGCAGAUCAACACUUCCAAGGUCUGUCUCCACUUCCUUCCCAUCUCUGUCGCACUCCACUGCAUCCCAUCGUGGGGAGGGCCCCGGGUGGACCCACUCUCCUUCCCGGGCUUGUGGGGCUGUGUCCAGUCUGUGCUGCUAGGAAGGAAGUUGCCAUGAGGUUUGGUGUGGAGACGUUUCUACUGAACGCGGCGUGACGGCAAUGUGACAUGUGGUUCCCAUCAAUCUGGCCAGAGCACCUGCCCAGGAAGGCGAGUUAUGUUCUUCCCAACCAUGAAUAAAAGUGCCUGUUUCGGGGCACCUGGGUGGCUCAGUGGGUUAAAGCCUCUGCCUUUGGUUCGGGUCAUGAUCUCGGG